AGGGGCUCAGAGGAAACUCAGUCGGAGGUUCGUAUCGGAGACACACAGACAGAAUGCAGCAGGGUGCCAUACUUGUGGUCCUUUUGGUCCUGGUGAACUCCCUCCAUGGUGUGCCAGUGCUUGCCGAACCGCUCUUCCCCACACAGGAGAACUUUGACCUGAGCAAGUUCAUGGGGAAGUGGCAUGAUAUUGCGGUAGCUUCCACCUGUCCCUGGAUGCAGCGCCACAGAGGAGACUCAGCUAUCGGCAUACUGGAGCUGCGUGCCGGGGACACUGAAGGCAAAGUCAGCAUGAAACGCAGCAUGAAAAAGCACGGGACAUGUAAGCAGAUCUCCGGUGAUUAUGAGCUAACAGACACACCUGGAAGAUUCACCUACCACGUUGCCAAGUGGGGGGCUGAUGUUGAUGCCUAUGUCGUUCACACUAACUAUGAUGAGUAUGCCAUCGUCAUGAUGAGUAAACAGAAGACAGGUGGCGAGAAGAGCAAGUCUGCCAAGCUAUACAGCCGCACCAUGGAACUGCGGACCACUAUCUUGGACGACUUCAGGAGGCUGGUGAGGGAGCAGGGCAUGGCUGACGACACAGUCAUCAUCAAACAGAACAAAGGCGAGUGUGUACCAGAAGCAGAGCCUGUAGCAGCAGAGCCUCCAUCUGAGAUUACGGCACCGAGAGCUAAGAGGAACAUAGUCCUCCCUGAUCCUGCCCCUGUGGAGGGCUCCGGUAUGGGUGAUGACACCAUGAUCUUCCGGAGUGCAGAGUCCUGUAAGGCGGAGCCAGACGCAGGUCCCUGUUUCGGGAUGGUGCAACGCUACUUCUACAACUCCACCAGUAUGAGCUGUCAGCUGUUCACCUACGGAGGCUGUAUGGGCAACCAGAACAACUUUGUAACCGAGAGGGAGUGUCUGCAGAGUUGCCGCACUGAAGCUGCCUGCAGAAUGCCCAUGGAUGCUCAACCCUGCACCGGGCAGCCCAAGAUCUGGGCCUUCGAUCCCAACUCUGGACUCUGUCUGGAAUAUAAAAAGGACUACUGCCAGGGAAACAGUAACAAGUUCUACUCCAAGGGGGAGUGUGACGAGUACUGUGGGGUGAUGAAGGAUGGAGAAACUGAGUUCCUGAAAGCUAACUGAAGGAGAUUAGAGGUCAUAAGGAAGAAUACAUCCUAACACAUGAACACACAGCACAGAUCACCGUCUGGGUUAGUCGUCUGACAGAAUACGUAGAUCAUUCAAUACAGAAUAGAACACAACACAAUAAAAUGAUGGAUUAAGCUG